UCACGUUCAAACGUGAAGACGUCAUCACGUAAUGACGCGUCACCACGGCAAAUGCGGAAGUGGAGUAAAAUAGCUUCGCCGCUCUCAAUCUGUAUUUAUUUUUCACAUAUACAAAAGUCAGGUGUGUGUAACAACAAAUAGCUGUACUUACUACUUUUUAUUAUAUUUGUUAACAAGAUUUGAUAAAUUGUAUGUUGUCUCAACAACGCCACCUCUUGGCCAUUUUUGCGGAAGGACACGUAUCCGAUGACACCACCACCUAUUAAUAACUUGUUCCGAAUUUGCAGUGGGAAAGUUGUCGAAUGUUCACCUCCCAAGCGCAAGAUCGAGCAUAAAACGAGGACAAAAAAGGUGUUUUAACGAUGAAACUUUCGAGUUGAAAUCAGCACUUCCACUGACAGUUCUGCCAUGUCCAAGGACACGUUCCCUUUCACCGCCACCACACUGCGCUCCCUGAGGCUGGAGCAGGAGCUCCAGGACUGGGAGGAUGCACGGCAGGCCUUGGCCCACAGGAGAGCCGUGAGCAGGGCCCCUCUGCCCAGAGCCCCCAGGCAGCCGCGCCUACAGGAGGUCCGAGCCCCUCCGCCUCAGGCCCGUUGCCGAGACCCGGCCGUCCACAACACGUUCAUGUGCGGGGACAUCAAGGGCGUGUACGCCGUUCUCAAAGACCCCGCCAUGGUCAACGCCCUGAUGGAGACGGUACAUGAGGAGAUGGUGUGGGCCCCGGAGAUGGGCAUGUGGACUAUGAGUUCCAGGGUGAAGCAGACGUCCGCCUUGCGCCUGGCCGCCGGCGGGGGACACGUCGCCUGCGUGGAGGAGCUCCUGUUCCGCGGGGCCGAGGUGAACGCCGACCCAGGGGGCAGCACCGCACUCCAUGAUGCUUGCACAGGGGCCCACGCCGUCUGCGUGAAGCUGCUGCUCUCUCACGGAGCGGAUCCUCAAGUGUUGGCUGCCGACGGCAACGCUCCUCUUCACCUGUGCACCUCACCUUUGUCACUCCAGUGUACAGAACUGCUUUUGGACAGCGAUGCAGAUGUCAACAUGAGGACCAAAGAUUCCAGGCUGACAGCGCUGCACGUGGCCGCCCUGCGGGGCCUUGAGGAGCACGUGGAGCUCCUGCUCGCCCGUGGAGCAGACAUCCUGGCCACAAACCGGCAGGGGGAAACCCCACUGAACGCGGCGUGCUCUCGGGCCGAGAGGCCGUCCGAGGCGGGCCGCUACCUGCGCGUGGUCCAGAGUCUGCUGGACGCGGGUGCCGACCCGCAAACGGCGGGAAAGAAGCUGCACACGCCGCUGCACAACGCCUGUGACAACUGCUGCCCCAGGAUUGCGGAGCUCCUGCUGCAGUGUGGAGCCAAGGUUAAUGCGAGCAACUGUAUAGGAUACACGCCCAUGGACUGCAUCCUCCAGGUGCUGGAAGACUACUUAGACCAGCAGCCUGAAGCUGUGGUACGCAUCCUCCUCAACCAUGGAGCCAAGCCCGUUUCAAUAAAGAUGCUGAAACUGGGUGUCCUCUCUCCUGCCACCAUGGAGGUGCUGCUCAACUCGUAUCCGUCCCCCCCCCCGUGCGACUGGAUGGACGACUGCGUGACCCAACAGAUAUACCAGCUACAUCCGGACUUCUACGAUUUGGUGCGUCAGCGCAGCGGUCAGCCUCGCUCCCUGCAGCACCUGUGUCGCUGUGCUUUGCGCGGACAUUUUGGUGAGCUGUGCUACUCCAAAGUGAGUCGAUUGGACAUUCCUAGACGCUUGAAGGAUUACCUGCUGCUGUGGAAUGACGGCACACUCCACUGAACUCCGUUUCUGUGUCUACAAGAGGACUUAAACGAGACGAUAACAUGUUGAUGUUGGUUUUUUCCCCUGCCUUUUUUUGAUUCCAUGCAAAAAAAAAUUAAAAUCUUACUCGAUAAGCUGAUUU